CUACUCAUCCUUCUUUUGUGCUGAUGGCUGUAAAAUGCAUGGAUACUAUAGCAAGAGUAGAGAUGACUCUUCUAAAACAAAGGAAUAAUGACCGACUGCCUUCAACAACGGUGGAAAAGAAACCGAACAUCACAGCAGUAUUGGCGGAUCCUUCAUUCAAGGUGAAUCAAGGUCAGAAUGUGGAAGUGCAAUGUGCGGUGACUGGAAUUCCUUCCCCACAGCACGGAGAAAUUAUCUUGAAGCGCAAAAAUCAGAUUGAAAUCGCCCCGACUGAAACAAAGAUGACUGAAACGGUGACAACUUCAUUCUUUGAGUUGACAAUGGGUUCGUACCCUGGACCGUUCUGGUGCGUUGCAACAACGAGUGCUGGUUUCGCUCAGAAAGAAUUCAAUUUUACGAUCCCAGUUCUUCCAACACCAAGCAAUCCACCCGAACUAGUCAUCAAAGGCGCAACAUUCUUGAAACUUAAGCUGAACAGUCAUCCGUUUAUUGGCGACGGACCGAUUAAAAAAACGAUUCUACUCAUGAAGCAAUCUGGUCAAGGAAGAAGUUUCAACACUUAUGAAAGGAACAUCGUCAACGAUACAGCCGAAGUCAGGGAUCUUCUUCCUUACACCGAUUACACAUUCCGAGUUCUUCUUUACAGAGAAGGGGGUUUUAGUGGGCGCGGCCAUCCAGGACCGACAGCCGUGAUUAAGACGGAUUGUGGUUACCCAUCCUCUGGCCCAUCCAUCAAGAACAUUCACUCAAAGAACAACAGCAUUCUAUACUUAUCAUGGAGAUUGCCUCCGCCAAGCGAAAUUAAAGGAGAAGUUCUCGGGUACAAGAUAUAUUACAGAGCAUUAGGGGAAACAUCGCCUUCUUGGACGAAAGUCAUUUUUGCUUACAGCAGCACAACUUCAGCUACUUUGAAAAAUAUGAAGCCGUUGGCAGUUUACAGCGUUAAAAUAAGAUUGUACAACUGUGCGGGAGAUAGUCCGGAUUCCAAAGAAGUUAGAGUCACUAUGGGACGACUAAAAAAACCAGACGGACCAAAUGUAAAUCUUGUAAAUCAAACCUCAAGAUGUCUUGGAUUCACUUGGAAACCGCCUACGAAUGCUAAGCCAUACACGAUAUCUGGAUACGAGGUAUUAUUUGAGGAAACAACGAAUCCUUCUGCAGACAGACUGAACAUCUUGCAAAACGUAUCUGGAAUGGUUUUCACUCGCAAUUCACUCACUCCAUACACAACAUACAAAUUCCGAGUCAGAGCUUACAAUCAUGAAGGCCCUGGUAAUUUCAGCGAUGAAAUGAAUGUUACUACAAACGAGGAAGCACCUGGGCAACCAUCCAAUUUUCACGUUGAAAGUCGAACACCGUUUCAAAUAGAGUUGUCAUGGGAUGUUCCUUUGCAACCCAACGGCAUCAUAACACAAUAUAUCAUCAAUAGUUCGAGAGAUGGCGAGAUUUGGAAACAAAAAACAACUCCAGGGGAUGAAAGAAGUGUUUCCAUUCUGGGGUUGGCAGAAUACACAAAAUAUUUGUUCCAAAUACAAGCAGUUACCAUUGAACCUGGUGCUUGGUCUGUUGUAUUGGAAGCAAGAACUAUGAGUUUAGGUCCCUUGGAGCCCCCACAAAGCAUUGACGUGAACUCACCGUCGCCACAAUCUGUGUCCUUGUCCUGGUUGCCGCCUCCUGCAUCGAUAUACGUGCACGAGGUCAAACAAUAUAAAAUCAUUUACACUGAUGAUUUGAGACAGCGGAUGGAGCAUUGGAAAGAGAGGCUCGUUGACGGCACAAAGAGGAACGAAGAGAUUAUGAAUUUGCGUUCCGAUACGGUUUAUCUGUUUGCAAUGGCUGCUGUCACCCAAAGGCCAGGACCUUUCUCAGAAAGGAAGACAAUUCGCACACGAAGAUUGGGGGUUCCCCCUCCUCCAAAGAAUGUUUAUUUAACAAACGUUACUUCGAACAGUGCUAUUAUACAUUGGAAAGUGGAGAAUGGGUAUUCAAUCACGAAUGUUAGAAUCAGAAUAAAGAGUGGCAACACACUUGAAUGGCAAGAUUUGUUGUAUCUUGCGAGUAGUGAGCGGGCGAUGCUUGAACAACUGGACUCUGGUACAAGAUACAGUAUUGAACUAACAGCUGGAAACCACAAUGGAGAAAGUUCAGGAAAUCCAAUCAAAAAUUUUCAAACAUUGGAAGCGAGUGUCAUAGGAGAAGGCAUUAUUCUACAAGUACUGGUUCCAGUGCUAGUGGCUGUGGUAGCCAUCUUGUUCGGAAUCAUCGUCUAUUGCAAAUGCCGUGGUCGUUCGGACUCAGAUUCAAUGAGCACAGCCCCAUUGGAGAUGGAUUCGAUAUCAAACCAUAUGAGGGUUUCCACAAUUGGAUCAUCGUUUCUCAGCGGCGCAACAAUCAAUUCAAGAUCCGGAACUUUACUUUCAAGUCAUUCUGUUCAUUCUGGCAAUUCUAGAGCGCCUUCUACUCAUUCUGGACAACUUCUGCUUGCAGAAAGUCUCAUAAUUUGUUGGGAAAAUAUUUUGUUUGAAGACAUCGCUCUUGGUGAAGGAAAUUUUGGUCAAGUUGUCAAAGCCGUCGUGCAGAGAGAAGACAAACUAAUCCAAGUAGCUGUGAAAAUGUUGAAAGACGGGUGUUCAGUAGACGAUCGGAAGGACUUCUUGGCCGAAUUGGACAUGAUGGCUCGUCUGGGCAAUCAUAAAAACAUCAUCUCACUCGUUGGUGCCUGUGAGAACGACUCAAGUCUUUAUCUAUGCACUGAAUAUGCACCGAACGGAAAUUUACUACAAUUUCUGCGUAAAAGCCGUCACUCUGGUAUUGAUGGAACUUAUACGACACUUACACAAAACCAGCUGCUUCAAUUUGCACUUGAUGUUUGCGAAGGGAUGGCGUAUCUGAGCGAUAAACAGCUCAUACAUCGAGACUUGGCCGCAAGAAACGUUUUGCUAUCUGGCAAUCUCACAUGCAAAGUAGCUGAUUUCGGUCUGUCCCGGGGAGAAGGAGUUUAUGUGAAGAAAACAGUUGCUAGGUUACCAAUACGAUGGAUGGCGAUAGAGAGCCUCAACUACAACGUAUACACCACGAAAAGUGACGUAUGGUCAUUUGGAGUCCUGCUUUGGGAGAUAGUCAGCUUAGGAGGGACACCGUACUAUGGAAUGUCUUGUGCUGAGCUGUACGAGAAGUUGCCUCAAGGAUAUAGAAUGGAACAACCUCUCAACUGCGACAGUGAAGUAUACAAAUUAAUGUCGCAAUGUUGGAAAAAUCGUCCUUAUGAUCGACCUUCAUUCUCACAACUCUGUGUUGCUUUAAGAAGAAUGAUUGAUGCCAGAAGUAGCAGGAAUUACGUCAACACAUCGGUUUUCGAGAACUUCAUGUUCGCAACGAUUGAUGCAAAUGAAGAGGAAGGAUGAUUGACAGAUUUCAUCGGCAGUGAAGACAAAAUUAAUUUUCAAUCCUUUGUUCAUUUUGUUCCGCACCACGGCUGCGGAAAAUUCCCACACGCAAAUAUGUUCCGGGAAUCAUCGAUUUGAGUUACUGGACCUCAUAACCAGUUCUGAUGUACAUUUUGUGUGAUAACAACCAGUUUAUGAACAAAUAUUAUUUGUGAAAAUCAGUCGUGGAGUGGUUCACGUGACUGCCGGUUGGUUAGGAAUCCCUCAUUAACAAUAAUCUUAAUUUAUAUUCGACUUUAAAUAUAACUGAAUUAGAAUGUGUGAUUUGUUAUUAUAUUCAAGUGGUUUUCAUACCUUUUAAGCCGCGUCCUCCUUUGUCAAGUCUCGCGCCCCAUCUCAAAAGUAACUGACAAACAGUAUGUUACAAAUAACAGAUAUUAAGGCGAAAGUAUGUUUUAUUCAAUAAGUCGUUGAAAAUACAUGGAUGGGUUGGUCUUAACAAAGAAAAAAAAUGUAAAUGUCCAAAAUAAGGCUGGCAAAAUCAAAUCAAACAAAUCUUUUUAUUUCUGAUUAGCAUAAUGUCUCUUUAAAAAUUGUCUACGCAUCCUUGUGGGGCGCGCCCCACUGUUCGAGAACCGCGUGUAUAUUCGUUUUCUUGACCCAAGUAACAUUCAAAUUUAGGUCGAUUUUUUGGUACUCUCGAAGUAUGUGAACCAAGAUGGCGAAUACCGGAACGUAGUAUGUGUACCAGGUUAUGGUUAGGCCAUAAUUUCAGGCACAAAUAUGGGAGUCACUGGCUAAUCCCCGAAUUCGUAAUAGAGAUAAAAUAUGGAAAAUUGGAAAAAAUUAUGGCCUAACCCUAACCUGGUACACAUACUACGUUCCGGUGUCCACCAUCUUGGUUCACAUACUUCGGGAGUACGGAUUUCUCUUUAUUCUUUUCAUAUUUUUACGUCAUUAAAUCAAAGCGCGGGUGUGAUUUUCUAACGUUUUAUGAAUAUUCGGGAUUUUUCAUUUAGAGAUAUUAUUGAUCUUUUUGUUAGUGGCGAUCGUCUGGAAAUCAUAAAUCCAUUGCAUUUGAUUGUUUUCAAUGCUACUUUGACAUUUAUUCAUUGGUUGGUUCUGGUCAAAAUCGUCGAAUAUGCAACAUAAAAAAAUUUUCAACUUAUGAAUAUUUUGCUCUUAAUUUGAAACUACGGAUACUGCUGGUCAGACCGUAGAAGACUGGUCGUGAUUGAAUGGACUUGAUUCAUUUACCUGCAAUGUUAUUUCAAAUAGAAUCAUCCUUAUCACCUUUGCUUUGUUUCCUCAUUUUUCUCCAAAGUUUGCAAAUAAAAAUGUUUGUCUCA